AAUCAAGUUGGUUAGCUGGUGAAACAAAUAGAUGUAGCAAUUGCAAACCUAAAUAUUUGAAUAAGUUGCACCUGAAUCUGGAAUUACUAUAUCAUUGCAUGAUUCUCUUUUUUCUCUUUUUAAGAGCGAUGGCGACUGUCUGUGGAUGUAGCCCAACUUCCCAUGGGCUGACACCAUAUUUCUUUCAACCACAAUGGAGGGGACUGGCUAAACAGCGCCUAUGCUGGAUGCAGCCAAGUAUUGCACUCCGGUUUGCCUCAACUGCUUCAUAUGAUUAAUUGAAAAUCACAACUGAUUCACGACAAAAUUCUAACAGAAAUAUUGAAUGGGCCUGCUGAAUGCUCCAAGUCUGAAACCAACAUUUGAAAAGGAUUUAAUGCAGGUUGGGCUUGCCGUGUAAAAUUAUUGGCCUAGAAAAAAAAAAAAGUUAGUUCCUUUUUAAUUCUCAGUGUCAAACUAUAGCUGCUUUCAAUUUUUGUCUCACUACAUUGUACCAAAUUGGCAAAACACGACUCUGUACAGCUCAUUUUCGGUAAAGGGCAAGUCAAGUCAAAUAUUUCUUGACAAGAAUGUUCUAUAUGCCUCCACAAGUCUAAACACGGAAGUCUAGUUAAUAUAACAUAUGUGGAAUAUGAGUUAAGGAGUAAAAUCCAGACGUUUUUGUCCAUCUCAGAGGGCAGCCAUUUUGCCAUUUGCUGUAUAAAUGCAAAGUCGCUCAGCUGUUUUCUGGGUUCGAGUCAUAAUUGGUCUUUACCUGAGCCUUCUGUACUGUGAUGUCAUAUGUUUUCCCUAAUACUAAUCAUACUGUAGAAUAGAUCAAUCUUUCAUGGCAUUCCCUGUAGUCUACUGCAAACGUUCCUCAGAGCCAAUUUAUUAUAUGUUGGCAGGUUAACAUGACAGCUGUUAUAUCAGUUUUGACCUACGUUGCCAAUAUUUGAUUUUAUUUUCUUUUUUUCUGUUUUUCCUCAGCAAAUAAGUCACGACGUCUUGAUGUUAAAAUUCCAAUUCCUAAUCAAGAUAUUGCUCGAAAUAGGGGCUCUGCAUUCUGUCUCUGUAAUUCAGAGUUACAAGAUGCACCCUUUGAGAGGCUGAAGGGGGCGAGGCGGUUGGCCAGGGCUGGGCCAAAGUGUUGAAUGUACAGUUUGUUUGAGGGGCUGAGAAAAUAUGUCACCUCGUGAGUCGUGGUUUUAACUCCGGCGUUCAACAGCGGAAGCCAAUGAGCGGCUGCUACCUGCCUCCUCUGCCUUCCUCCCCGCUUCCCUCCUCGUCCUCCCCUUUUCCAUGCCCACAAAGUAUCGUCACUCGCGAGUGCCGAGCGAGCCUUGCAAGCGAGCAAGCUUGUCUGACACGUCUGGAGCCAGAAACUUACUUUUAUUCGUGCGCGUUUCUUAGGCGCACACCACGGCGUUGUUUUUCUUUUUUUGGGGGGUUCGUUCUCCCUUUUUCUUUCUGUUCUCUGUUUUUAGGCGGAUGUAAAUUGAGACUUCUCUUUCGAGAGGAUUGUUAUACAUUCUGCCACACGUGGAGGACGCGAUGACGCCUCGCAAAUUGAAGAGUUAAAGUGGUAAUUAUUGAGAAAAGUGUUGUUGUUUUUAGCAAUGGGGAACCAAGCCGGCACCGCCGAUGGUGACCACCUUGAGUGACACCACCUCCAACAGCCCCCCCUCCCUCCAACAACCUGGCACUAUUGUUAAUUUGACUCUACGUUUCUUUUGGAAGACGUGGCUGGAAUAAAGCGUCAUGGCUCCAAGUCUGAGGGGGAAUUUUUUUCUAAAAACGACCUAAAAAUACAGCGUCGGUUUUUCUCUUCCCCCUACAAAGACUCAUUUGAACUUCCCACCGCAGAAGGCAGAGCGACAUAAAUAGUGCUGACAUGUGGAUGUAAUUUCACGAGAAAGAGAGGGAAGGGGGGUUUGAAAGACACACAUGCAAAAAAAAAAAAAGUGUGUGGAUGGGGUGGGGGUGAAUAAAGUGAGCACUGCUGAGCCUAUAAGCGUUCAGAUGAUAGGAAAUUAAAAGACCGGCUGGAUUACAGAGCAUAAACAGCAUCAGUCGGCAGAUGGAGUGAAAAAAACAAACCCAGCACACACUCCACUUUGAAGCGUAGAUUAAAUAAUUGAAAUCCAAGCAUCAUCAGCAUCUUUUGGAAGAACCCGGCGAGGACUCCGUGGAAGAAGUGACUGCAGCAGCUCAGUGAUGGGCUCCACUGCGCUGCUCCACAAUCUGGAUUUGCUUCUCAUCUCUCUGCUCUGCACUUUCUGCCUGGUCCAUGCAGAUGAUGUACUUACCAAAGAGGAACAGAUAGCGCUGCUGUUCAAAGCCAAGCGCAAGUGCGAAGGCCUCGUCAAAUCGAGGCAAGGCAAGCUUCCCGAUGGUUACUGCUCACCAGAAUGGGAUGGAAUUGUGUGUUGGCCCGAAGGGGCUUCAGGAAAGCUUGUGUCCACCUCAUGUCCGGAUUACAUCUAUGACUUCAACCACAGAGGACGAACAUACCGCAGAUGCAGCAGUAAUGGGACGUGGGAGAUCUCCGCGGCCAAUAACAAGACGUGGGCCAAUUACAGCGAAUGUGCAAAAUUCCUCUAUCAUUACAACCAGAACCAGGAGAAGGAUGUCUUUCACCGUCUGUACCUCAUCUACACCGUGGGCUACUCCGUCUCGCUGGGAUCGCUCAUAGUGGCUGUGCUCAUCUUGGGAUACUUCCGACGUCUGCACUGCACCAGAAACUACAUCCACAUGCAUCUCUUUGUGUCCUACAUGCUGCGAGCUGUGAGCAUCUUCGUCAAGGACGUGGUGCUCUACUCAGGAUCUGCCCUGGAAGAUGUGCAACGCGUCACGGUGGAGGAACUCAAGUCGAUCACAGAGGCUCCCCCAUCCAACAAAGCACAUUUUAUUGGCUGCAAGGCGGCCGUGACCCUCUUCAUGUAUUUCCUGGCAACCAAUUACUUCUGGAUCCUGGUGGAGGGUCUGUACCUCCACAGUCUUAUCUUCAUGACCUUCUUCUCGGACCGGAAAUAUCUUUGGGGCUUCACGAUGAUUGGAUGGGGUGUGCCAGCCAUGUUUGUGAGCGUUUGGGCCACGGUGAGGGCCACAUUUGCGGACACAGAGUGCUGGGACUUAAGUGCGGGCAAUUUGAAAUGGAUUUAUCAAGUGCCGAUACUUGCGGCUGUCGUGGUCAAUUUUGUCUUAUUUUUAAACAUCAUCAGAGUCCUCGCAACCAAACUGCGGGAGACCAAUGCUGGAAGAUGUGACACGAGGCAGCAGUACAGAAAGCUGCUGAAGUCCACGCUGGUGCUGAUGCCGCUGUUUGGCGUGCACUACAUCAUAUUCAACGCCAUGCCCUAUACGGAAGUGUCGGGCAUCCCCUGGCAGAUCCAGAUGCACUAUGAGAUGCUCUUCAACUCCUUCCAGGGCUUCCUUGUCGCAAUCAUAUACUGCUUUUGCAAUGGGGAGGUGCAAGCGGAGAUCAAGAAAUCGUGGAGCCGUCGGACCCUGGCACUGGAUUUCAAGCGAAAGGCGCGCAGCGGCAGCAACACGUACAGCUACGGCCCGAUGGUGUCGCACACCAGCGUCACCAAUGUGACCGCCCGGGCGCCGCACGGCCUCCACCUCACCACCCGGCUGGGACCCACGCCGGUCAACGGGCACCGCAACCUGCCGGGCUACAUCAAGAACGGCUCCGUGUCCGAGUGCUCGGCGCCGUCGUCGGGCCAGGAGAUCCACGCCGAACCCGAGGAGCUCUGCGCCGCGCCGGCACAGCAGCCGCCGCCGCCGCAGCCGUGCGAGGAAGCCGAGGAAGAGAAGCCCUCGCCCGUGCUGGUGGUGGAGGAAGAGCGGGAGACGGUCAUGUGACCCGCUUCGUACAAUGGGGCGCCCCCAAAUUUUGUGGCCGAGACACUUUGAGCUGCCACACUGAAUGUGCAACAGUCUUAAAACAGGCUGGCUUUUAAAAUGGAUUUUAUUUCUUUCCAUCCACUGCCAUCUUUUCAUGUUUUUUUUUUCUUUUUACAUUACAUGCUUUUUUUUUUUUUGGUUGGUUUUUUUUUUGGUCACAUACAUCAGACUGAAGUUGCCAGGAAAAAGCCUUAAUCAAUCUCACGGCCAGGUUUGGAGAUGGAGAAAGAAGUUGCGUUGAAAAAAAAAAAAUCUGUUUUAACGGGAAGGCACUCAGGUAAUUCAUGUACACUUUUGAUUUUUCAACUUUUUUUAGGCAUUUAACAACUCUUUCUACAAAAUGAACAGUUUCCCGCAUUUCACGCAGUUUAAAUGAAUGUGUCCAGUGUUUGUGGAUGUUUUUUUUUUGUAUUUGGCAUCACUGGAGAACCUCCGAGAAUAUUUCUGCGUUGUUCAUAUGUGUUGCAAAUAGACAUUUCGAUCAAGCUGAUCCUGUGCUAUAUAUGCUGCUUUCAUGAUGUACAUACAAGUCACAAUGUUUACAAAUGCCAUUCAAAUUGUGAGCUAAUGUCGUUAUUGCAAAGAAGUGUUUUGUGUGUGUGUGUGUGUGUGUGUGUGUGUGCGUGCGUGCGUGUGUGUGUGUGUGUAUGUGUAUAUAUUUUCUGUUGUUUUUGUAAUAUUUGACGUAUGUGCAGUAUAUAGUACAAACGUAAACGGCAGCAUUUUUAAAUUCCACAAUUCAUACUUAAACCAGGGUGAUUUUUUUUUUUUAGAUAGCUAUGGUAUUUUUUUUUUACAUUACGUUGUUCUGGUGGUUAGCAAGUCUGCCUCACAGUAUUGUCUUCGAACUCCAGCCUUCCCGCGUGGAGUUUGCAGCUUCUUUCCAACACACAUGUUAGCUUGAGUGAGGACUCGAAAUUGUCCAUCGAUAAAAAAAAUCUUGUUUGUCUAUAUCAGGGGUGUCCAA